CGAACACUUUGCCUUUAGCGACAUCUAGACGACUUCCGGUUCUUUUACAUGUGGAAAAUCGACAAUGAAGAUCGGACUGUGCGCUUUUAGUGGCUACAAAAUCUACCCCGGCCACGGGAAAACAAUGGUCAAAGUCGACGGAAAGACAUUCACAUUCCUCGACAAAAAAUGCGAAAGAUCCUAUUUGAUGAAGAGGAACCCGCGCAAGGUGACCUGGACGGUGCUUUACAGGCGGAAGCACAAGAAGGGUAUUGAGGAGGAGGCUGUAAAGAAGCGUUCUCGUCGUACCCAAAAGUUUCAGCGAGCCAUCGUUGGUGCUUCUCUUACUGAGAUCCUGGCCAAGAGGAACAUGAAACCUGAGGUGCGAAAGGCUCAGCGUGAGCAGGCAAUCAAGGCGGCCAAGGAACAAAAGAAGAGCACGAAAGCUGCCAAGAAAAUUGAGAAAGCCCCGCCAGUUAAGAAGGCUCAGCAGAAGCAGAAGGCAGCCAAAAUUAGCCAGAAGGCUGCUCCUCGUGUCGGUGGCAAGCGCUAAAUUGUCCCUCAGGCUUAAAAUAAAGAGAAUCCUCUGAAAA